AUGUCUGGAUACCUUAUCAGGAAAAUAGACCUGCUGCAGCCAGAUCUAAAUCAUCCAGAAGGCACCAGGAGCAGACAGAUUCAGCGGAUACUCCAGAGUAGCGGUAUGCAGGUUCUUGAUAGAUGGGCCAGAACUGUAGGUCCAAGGCCAAACAUCAGUGUGAUUAUGCAGAGCUUCUGCCAGAUGCCUGUACUCAAGCAGAACUGCAGAAGAACGAUUGGGCAGAAUAAACCUGUUCAGCCAAUACAGGAGAAACAACAUAUGCUGCUGAUCUUUGUCCUUCUCAGCACUAAAUUUUCUGAGAUAGUUGGAGAAGGAGCAAUUCUGGUUGAUCAGGCUGGGGAAAUAGUGAAUGGCUUGGCUAGCUUCUGCUGGUCCUUCUUCCUGUGA